UGGCUCAGAAGUGACAGCUCCAUAUUUGAAUUGUAAUUGCAUAACAUAACAACAUUGCAAGUACAUAAAACGUACAGUACACUGGUGCAUGAGAGACCCGAGCUCUACAGCUGACUGAAUAACACCGCAUGCCUCUAAUUGAUAAAUGGUCCGAGCUAUGAAAACAGUUGAUUCAUGGCUCAACAGCAUUGUUAUCAGUAGGCGACAUAUGACAGGCGCUGGGUGUAACGUUAGCCCUCUAUGGGGUUACCCCCCCUGUUACACCCCCCGUCAACCUUCUGUUCUGAAGCUACUGCACCGGGGCUCUGAGUCAUCUGUCGAAAUGCAUGUGCUGCUUCUGAAAGAACCAAGAGAGGGAGGCUCUGGACCAGAUCCUUACAUCAAGGAGCUGGCAUCCCGUGGACACAAUGCAACCUUAAUUCCCGUGUUGUCGUUUACAUUCGUUUCCUUGAACACUUUGUCAGACAAGCUGUUGUCUCUACUACUACAGCUGUUCCAGCCAGAACAACAUGGCGGGCUGAUUUUUACCAGCCCGAGGGCGGUGGAGGCAGUCAAAAUGUGUCUUGAAGAUGAUGAAAGAACGGAACAGUGGAACAUGGACAUAAAAGACAAAUGGAACGCCAAGUCCAUCUAUGUUGUUGGGAAGGCUACUGCAACGCUAGUGGAAAACCUAGGUCUGGUCCCCCUGGGAGAGGACACUGGGACUGCAGACGUUCUCUCGCGCCUCAUCCUUGAACGAGAGGAUGCCAAUAUAUUACCACUUCUCUUCCCCUGUGGUUCCAUUAAAAGAGAAGUUUUACCUACUGCUUUGAGGGAAAACGGAGUUUCUCUAGACACACUGAUGGUUUAUCAGACAGCGCCACAUCCAGACCUGGAGAAGAACCUGAAGAACCAUUUUACAGAGCAGGGUGUUCCAGACAGCAUUGCUUUCUUCAGCCCGUCGGGAGUCAAGUUCUGUUUGGAAACGGUGAGGAGACUGUCAGGUGAACAACUUAUGCAGAUAAAGUUUGCGGCCAUAGGACCCACCACAGCAGAGGCCAUGACGGCAGAGGGGCUCUCGGUCAGCUGCUCAGCGGACAAACCUACAGCUGAGCACCUAGCCGCAGGGAUAGCAAAGGCUCUACAGUGACAGACUUGAAGAGACGGACCGCAAACCAACCCGAAAAACGUGAUCCAUCCCCCCAUCAAGUUCUCAUUCAGCCUCUGUGAAAAAAGGAUUGUGGUUUUGCAUUCUUUGUGAUUGAUUUAUCCCUGUGAAGUAUUUGCUAUUAUUUGUGGGGUUUUAUGUCCUAUUUUGAUCACGGAUAACCAUCUGUAUAUUUAUGAUAUUGUCAUGUGUUGUUGUGCACCACAGAGAUAUUGUAAUGCUUCGUGCCUAUUUGUUGACACUGAAUGUAUCAAAUCAUGCUCUUAUAAACUUGUGAAUACACUG